AUGAGGAGAGGAAAUGGCACAUUGGACACAGAUCUCAUUUUCCUCGGACUAUUUCCAAAUUUUAGAUACAUCAACUUCCUUAUCUCCAUCAUUUUCCUGAGCUACGUCAUUGCACUCGCUGGGAACUCCAUCCUGAUCCUACUAAUUUGGGUGGAUUCCCGACUCCACACUCCCAUGUACUUGCUCCUCAGCCAGCUUUCGGCCAUGGACUUAAUUCUUAUCUCCACCACCAUCCCCAAGAUGGUCACUGACUUCUGGGUGCAGAGGAGAACCAUCUCACAGAUUGGCUGUGGAAUACAGAUGCUGCUGUAUGUAGCCAUGACAGGCUCUGAGUGUAUCCUCUUGACCCUGAUGUCCUACGAUCGCUAUGUCGCCAUCUGCAACCCACUGAGGUACUCGGUCAUCAUGAAUCCCAGAGUCUGCCUGCAGAUGACUGCUCUCUCCUGGGUGUUUGGGUUUCUAAAUGCCUUGGCCCAUACUGUGCAUGUAAUGCAGUUUUCAUUCUGUGAUUCCAAGGAUAUUCAGCACUUCUUCUGUGAGAUUUCAGCUAUCCUGAAACUCUCCUGUGAUGAUACCUCUAUAUAUGAAAUGAUUUUGUUUGUCACAGGAAUUGUGUUCCUUCUCAUCCCCUUUGGACUCAUUCUGGCUUCCUACAGCCUCAUUUUCUUGCGUGUCUUUCAUAUGAAGUCCCCUGAAGGACAGAGCAAAGCCUUGGCCACCUGCUCCUCUCACCUCACAGUGGUGAGCCUCUAUUUGGGUUCAGGUGUCUUUCUCCUUAUGAUACCUCCAACAUUGUAUUCAGCACAGCAAAGCCAGGCUGUCUCCCUUUUCUACAACGCCCUCACCCCCAUGUUGAACCCCAUCAUCUACAGCCUGCGGAACAAGGAAGUGUUGGGGGCUCUGAGGAACGUGCUGAGGAUGGAUGUCAGUUCUCAAAUUGUAGCCAGAAGAGUUUAG